CUCGAAGUGAAGCGUGCACACAGUAGAGGGCUGUGCUGCAUUUAUUGUGAGUAGGUGGGUGGGGGGAGUGGGAAAAGCACGCGCGCUCCGUCCAGGCUCGCUGCCGGAGCUUGGCCAAAACGCGCGUCCCCGCGGCGCGCCGAGUUGGACACGAGAAGGAGGGGGAGGAAGGAAAGGCUUCACAGAGCGCUUCGCCCCACGCACAGUCUGCGCCGUUACAAUGAGCAGGGAAGAUCGGGAGCUGCAGCCUGCAUUCCGAUCGCCCCAUCCAUCGCACCAGCUCGGCCACUGCAGCAUUGCCAUCAAGCCUGCUGAGAAGAUAGAAUGGCGGGGGGAAGGAAAGGACUUGUUGCCCCUCAAAACACUUUUUUGGAAAAUAUUGUCCGUCGAUCUAAUGACACAAAUUUUGUACUUGGGAAUGCCCAGAUAGUGGACUGGCCUAUUGUGUAUAGCAAUGAUGGAUUCUGCAAACUAUCAGGAUAUCAUCGAGCAGAAGUUAUGCAAAAGAGCAGUACUUGCAGCUUCAUGUUCGGGGAGUUAACAGAGAAAGAAACAACUGACAAAGUACAACAGACAUUUGAAAACUAUGAUAUCAACUCAUUUGAAAUCCUCAUGUAUAAAAAAAACAGAACGCCAGUUUGGUUCUUUGUGAAGAUUGCUCCUAUUCGGAAUGAGCAAGAUAAGGUGGUUUUAUUUCUUUGCACCUUCAGUGAUAUCACAGCUUUCAAACAACCUAUUGAAGAUGAUUCAUCCAAAGGCUGGGGUAAAUUUGCUCGCCUGACAAGAGCACUCACGAGCAGCAGAGGUGUCUUGCAGCAACUUGCUCCAACUGUGCAUAAAGGAGAAAGUGUACACAAGCAUUCACGGCUGGCUGAGGUUUUACAGCUUGGUUCUGAGAUUCUUCCGCAGUACAAACAAGAAGCACCAAAGACUCCACCCCAUAUCAUCCUACAUUAUUGUACAUUUAAAACUUCCUGGGAUUGGAUUAUCCUGAUCCUGACUUUCUACACUGCCAUCAUGGUUCCAUACAAUGUCUCCUUCAAGACCAAACAAAACAAUGUGACUUGGUUGGUGGUUGACAGCAUUGUCGACGUCAUCUUUUUGGUAGACAUUGUCCUCAAUUUUCAUACCACUUUUGUUGGGCCAGCUGGGGAAGUAAUUUCGGACCCAAAGCUCAUCCGCAUGAAUUAUUUGAAGACUUGGUUUGUUAUAGAUCUUCUCUCCUGUUUGCCAUAUGAUGUCAUCAAUGCCUUUGAAAAUGUUGAUGAGGGCAUCAGCAGUCUCUUCAGCUCCCUGAAAGUUGUGAGGCUUCUUCGUUUAGGCCGAGUAGCACGAAAGUUGGACCAUUAUAUUGAAUAUGGAGCAGCAGUGUUGGUGCUUCUUGUGUGUGUAUUUGGGCUGGCAGCUCACUGGUUGGCUUGUAUCUGGUACAGCAUUGGGGAUUAUGAAGUGAUCAACGAAGAACUAAACAGAAUCAGAACUGAUAGUUGGCUAUAUCAGCUUGGAGAAACUGUAGGAAUGCCAUAUCAUUUUAAUACAAGUGGAACCGAGAAGUGGGAAGGUGGACCAAGUAAAGACUCUGUGUAUAUUGCCUCCCUCUACUUCACAAUGACCAGCCUCACCAGUAUUGGAUUUGGUAACAUUGCUCCAACAACUGAUGGUGAGAAGAUUUUUGCAGUGGCUAUGAUGAUGAUUGGUUCUCUCUUGUAUGCAACCAUAUUUGGUAAUGUGACAACGAUCUUUCAACAAAUGUAUGCUAAUAGCAACAGAUAUCAUGAGAUGCUGAACUGUGUCCGAGACUUUUUGAAGCUCUAUCAGGUGCCCAAAGGCUUGAGUGAACGUGUCAUGGACUACAUUGUUUCUACUUGGUCAAUGUCUAAAGGAAUUGAUACUGAAAAGGUUCUCGAAAUCUGUCCUAAGGAUAUGCGUGCAGACAUUUGUGUUCAUUUAAAUCGUAAAGUCUUCAAAGAACAUCCAGCUUUUAGACUCGCAAGUGACGGCUGUUUACGAGCUCUGGCAAUGGAGUUUCAAACCAUUCAUAGUGCUCCAGGAGAUUUACUUUAUCACGCAGGCGAAAGUGUUGACAGCCUUUGCUUUGUGGUUUCUGGGUCCUUGGAAGUAAUUCAAGACGAAGAAGUUGUUGCUAUCCUAGGGAAAGGAGAUGUCUUUGGAGAUGUUUUCUGGAAAGAAAAUACCCUUGCUCAGUCGUGCGUCAAUGUCAGAGCCCUGACUUAUUGUGACCUUCACGUUAUCAAAAGAGAUGCCUUGCAGAAAGUUCUGGAAUUCUAUACAGCCUUUGCAAACUCCUUUUCAAGGAACCUUAUCCUAACAUAUAACCUUAGGAAAAGGAUUGUGUUCCGAAAAAUUAGUGAUGUGAAGCGUGAGGAGGAAGAAAUGAUGAGAAGAAAGAAUGAGGCACCAUUAAACCUACCUCCAGAUCAUCCAGUACGCAGACUUUUCCAAAGGUUUAGACAGCAGAGAGAGGCUCGUAUGGCAGCUGAACGAUUAAAGGAGGUCGAUGAUAUGGAGAGAGGUCCUGCACAAUUACAAAGUCCUGCAAUAGAGGAAGCAGCAACUACCAGUGUAGUUACAGUCACAGAAAGCCCUGCAACUCCAAUACCUUCACAAGUGGUUAGAGCCACAACAGAGACAUCAGAUCAAGAUAAAUUGCAAGCUCCAACAUCUGAGCAAUUUACAAUUACAAGGCAAUCUGGAGAAUCCAGUAAGCGAAAGGGUUGGUCAAAAUUUAAAGAUUCUACUUCUAAAGCAGAAGACUGGAAUAAAGUGUCCAAAGCAGAAUCCAUGGAAACGUUGCCAGAAAGAACUAAACCCCUUGAAGAGGUGUCUUUGAAAAAAACAGACUCGUUUGACAGUGGCAUCACAAAGAGUGAUUUGAGAUUAGACAAUGCAGGGGAAGCACGGAGUCCUCUGGACCAAAGUCCUGUGCUUACAGAGGCAAAGCACACUUUUUAUCCAAUUCCUGAACAAACACUUCAAGCCACCAUAUUCGAUGUAAAGAAUGAGCUGAAACAAGACUUAAAAUCACUUAAUAACAAGAUAACUAAUAUUGAGAAACAACUUUCAGAAAUACUGAGGAUAUUAAAUUCAAGAACCACACAUUCACCACAGGAAAUAUUUGAAAUAUCAAGGCCCACAACCCCAGAAUCUGAUAAAGAAGAUCAGCAGUUCUAACUGAACCAAUCUUAACAUUAAUAAAAGUAUAAACUGCAAUUGGAAAAUCCAGGUGAAACUGUAACUAGCUUUGUCCUAUUUGACAAUGAGCUCUUCGCUGCAAUAGUGGGACGUAAUCAAGUUUUUUUCCCUGACUUUCCUUGGAGUCAUAUACAUAUCUAUGUGUAUAAAUGCCACAGUUACAGAAUGAAGACUAAAAAUACUACUGAUUUUACUGAUAUGCUGGUGAAUGUAUGGUGAUCAGUUUAAAAGUACUGAAAUAAUGAACACACAAUCUAAAAAUAUCUUUGACAGACUGGCGGUUCACAUCUUAUCACAAAGGUAAAUGCCACAUUUUUUUGGAAAUUAAUUAGGAAAAUGCUGAAUUCUUUGUUUUCCUGCUUAAUGUGACAGCCAUCUGCUUCAUGAGUGUAAUCAAAAGAAAAUAUAGGGAUUUAUACAGAUCUGCACUAUAUUCCAUUAUAUUUAUUAUUUACCAACGUUUACCUUGUUUCUUAGACCUUAGAACAUAAUGCCCUUUACAUUACAUCUAUUUCAUUGACUUUAUACAGCAGAAAUAUGUCUAACUUUUUUUGUAAUAACUAAGAUCACACUUAAUCAUGCGUGCAGCUUUGCUCCAUAUUCAUUUCAAUUUUCAUUUAAGCAACUUAAAUUGAAGAGUUUAAAAAAAAAUUGAGCAAAGGUUUCAAUGGUUAUUUGUUUUGCCACAGGCUUGUUUAUUUUUACUGUUCUGCUGUUUCUGCUUGCAGUUUUCUGACAACGCAGAUGGAAUUUUUCCUUCUGAAGCCACCGGUUUUUACCAGAUGGUUCCAUAGACGCAGGGUUUCUACGGUAUCUUGUCCCAUACAGCUGCAUCGUGUAUCGCUAGUAGAUAAAUAAUACCGUAAACCUCAAAUAUAGGAACUUGAAAAUUGAGCCACGUUUGUACUCAUUGUGUGUACAUGUAAAUCUGUGCAGUAGUUACUAAUAAUGAUCAGAACUGUGAAUAUUGGAUGAUUUCUCCUCCUCCAGUAGAGGUGAUAUAAUAACUCGGACCAUGCAAACAAUAUUCAUGCUGGAUUCCAGUAGAUUAACAUCUGUAGUCCAAAUCCUGGCAAAUCCAAUGUAGCCAAAUAUGAACCAUGCUAACCUUUGCAUUAAGCAGUUCAUUCAAACUUAUUUAAAUGACUCAUUCACAGAUGUCAUUUGUGAAUAAAUUGUUAUUUUAAAUCCAUUGUCAAAUCGGGU